UGCUCUCUGUGCUCGAGCGAAGGCGCGGGUCCGCGGCUGCGAAAAGGAGAAGGAGAGCGGACGGGCCACAGGAAAAGCUCCUUUAACACAGUAAUAUAGGAAACCGAGGAGGAAUUACUUUCUCUUUUUUUUACGGCGACUACUUACAAUAUUGGAAAUUACUCGUUUCUGCAGGCAGUGAGAAAUGGCGGACAAAGAAGUUUACGACGAUGCAGUGGAGGAACGGGUCAUCAAUGAGGAGUACAAAAUCUGGAAGAAAAACACGCCUUUCUUGUAUGAUCUGGUGAUGACCCACGCGUUAGAAUGGCCCAGCCUCACGGUGCAGUGGCUUCCUGAUAUUAACAGGCCAGAGGGUAAAGAUUACGCCGUCCACCGCUUGGUGCUGGGCACUCACACUUCUGACGAGCAGAACCAUCUUGUCAUAGCCAAUGUCCAGAUCCCAAACGAUGAUUCACAGUUUGAUGCCUCUCACUAUGACAGCGAAAAAGGAGCGGAAUUUGGAGGCUUUGGCUCUGUAAGUGGAAAGAUUGAAAUUGAGAUCAAGAUUAACCAUGAGGGGGAGGUGAACCGGGCCAGAUACAUGCCACAGAAUCCCUGCAUCAUCGCCACGAAGACACCUACCUCAGACGUGCUGGUGUUUGACUACACCAAGCACCCCACCAAGCCAGACCCUAAUGGGGAAUGCAGUCCAGAUCUCCGACUGCGGGGGCACCAGAAAGAGGGUUAUGGCCUCUCCUGGAACCCCAACCUGAGCGGGAACCUGCUGAGUGCCUCAGAUGAUCAUACGAUUUGCCUGUGGGACAUUGGUGGAGGCCCGAAGGAGGGGAAGGUGGUGGACGCAAAGACCAUCUUCACUGGGCACACGGCCGUCGUGGAGGACGUCUCCUGGCACCUCCUUCAUGAGUCACUAUUUGGAUCAGUGGCAGAUGACCAGAAGCUGAUGAUCUGGGACACACGGUCCAAUAACACGUCGAAGCCCAGCCACUCUGUAGAUGCACACACAGCAGAGGUCAACUGCCUCUCCUUCAACCCUUACAGUGAGUUCAUCCUGGCCACGGGUUCUGCUGAUAAGACAGUCGCGCUCUGGGACCUUAGGAACCUGAAGUUAAAGCUCCACUCCUUCGAGUCUCACAAGGAUGAGAUCUUCCAGGUACAGUGGUCCCCUCAUAAUGAAACCAUUCUGGCUUCAAGUGGCACAGACAGAAGGCUCAAUGUCUGGGAUCUGAGCAAAAUUGGGGAAGAGCAGUCUGCAGAAGACGCUGAAGAUGGGCCCCCUGAGCUUCUGUUCAUCCACGGCGGACACACGGCAAAGAUUUCCGAUUUCUCCUGGAACCCCAACGAGCCCUGGGUCAUCUGCUCUGUGUCGGAGGACAACAUCAUGCAAGUGUGGCAGAUGGCGGAGAAUAUCUACAACGACGAAGAACCAGACGCCCCUGUGUCAGAGCUGGAGGCACAGAGCUCCUAAUUCCUUCAUCACUGCAGUGUGACUUUGUAGAUGGAAACUUCUGGAGCCCCUUGGAUCACAGUGGUCUGAAGUACCGCACAACAUUGUUUUUCUCCGACUCGUUUAAUCAUCUUCCAGGCAAGCCCAAACCUGAAGAUACCAGCAGUGAGCUUAUUUCAGUUCAUGUUGUAAAAUACAUUCAAGUAUAGAUGAAUUUCAUAGUCUCUCUUUUUGUGUAAAACCUGCGUUAACCCCAAUAAAAUGUUUUGCAAGACCUUUUUAAAA